AUGAAGGUGGAGGCCGCGACGCUGACGCGAAAGGUCGGGGCCGCCGUGGUCUCCCUGGGCUUCCUCAAGGUUCUGGCAUCGCGGAUUCAUGAAUGGUUUGAGACGCCGAAGCGACCCUAUGGCGAUGGAUCUGUGGGCAGCGCGUACGACGAUUGGACGAGAGAAGGCGUCUUGGAGCACUACUGGGGAGAGCACAUCCACAUGGGCUCCUACACCCCAAUGGACAAGCAGAGUGGCUACCGCAAGAAGGAUCCCUUCUUCCUAGCGCUCUUCAGGGCGACCUUCGGCCGCCUCAAGGACUUCAAAGAGGCGAAGAUCGAUUUCACCAACGAGAUGAUCGACUGGAGCCGUGCCACAGCACCGAAGAAGAUUCUGGACGUAGGUUGCGGCAUUGGCGGGUCGUCCAGGAUCUUAGCCAAGCGCUUCCCAGAUGCCGAGGUCCUUGGCAUCACGCUGUCCCCGCAGCAGGCGGAGCGCGCGGGCAAGCUCGCCAAGGAGCAGGGCCUCACCAACGUCCGAUUCCAGGUCAUGGACGCGCUGAACAUGGAGUUCGAAGAUAACACCUUCGACAUGGUCUGGGCGUGUGAGUCGGGCGAGCACAUGCCAGACAAGAAGAGGUACGUCGAGGAGAUGUCCCGAGUCCUCGCGCCCAAGGGCAAUAUGGUAGUUGCCACGUGGUGCGAAAGGGAUCCAGUUCCCAUCUUCACCGCAGAGGAGAGGAAGACCCUCAACUUCCUCUAUGCGGAGUGGACACAUCCGUACUUCAUCUCCCUCAACAAGUACAAGGAGUACCUGGAAGGAACUGAGCUGCUGGAGGAGGUCGACACGGCUGACUGGACUGAGCAGACGCUGCCGGCGUGGCGCCACUCCGUGUGGGUCGGUGUUUGGUCGCCCUGGUACUGGAUCAAAGUCACCUUGAGGAAAGGCCCCGGUGCAUUCAUUGGUUUCCUGCGCGAGGUCUACACCCUGGAGAAGUUCCACAAGUCCAUGGUCAGUGGCCUGAUGGUCUACGGCAUGAUGCGGGCCGUGAAGAAGUAG